UUGUUUACUUUUCUGCCUAGCCGUUUGCAUAUUUCUGGUGCCAAUUAUAAAUCAAUACACAUGUUGCAGAAACAGUUGUUGCCAAAUAUUCUCAGUUCUAAACUUAUGCAAACCAGAAAACUGAUGAAAUAGGAAAUGUACUGUCUAUGUUAUAUAGUUUUAUGGUGAAUGUAAAUGCAGACCAUUACAUCUGAUUAUAAUGCAUGGUCUAAUAAUAAAGACCAAUACCGAGUUUUUCGCUUGUCAAACGGUAAUUUAUUGUAAAUUCACAUGUUUUUGCACGGACCCAGUUGAAGCACGGAACCGGAAGUACAGCAAUCACAACUUCCACACGUGUGAAAAAUGCUUUUGGGCUAAUUUAGUUCACUAUUCUUGUUUUUACGGAAUACUUUAAUAACAUUUACAACAGAAGGCAGUCAAAAUUAAAGCACCAAGUAAGUGACGAUGGCUGAGAUAGUCCAACAGCGGAUCGAGAAUCGAAUCCCAGAGUUGGAACAGUUGGAGAGAGUGGGACUGUUCAGCAAAAAAGAAGUCAAAUCCAUGCUAAAAAGGGCGACAGCUUUAGAAUACAAACUGCAUCGAUUGAUCAUAACCAAAGUUGACUUCAUUGCAUACAUUCAGUAUGAAAUCAAUGUGUUAGAGCUGAUAAAGAAGAGAAGAUCACGCAUCGGCUAUCAGUUCAAAAGAGAGGAGAUAGAGUAUUCCAUCAUCUCGAGGAUCAACAGCAUUUUCAGAAGGGCCACAACUAAAUGGAAGGAUGAUGUGCAGUUGUGGCUCUCUCACAUUGCUUUCUGUAAGAAAUGGAACACAAAGGCUCAACUCAGCAAGGUGUUCUCCUCCAUGCUUGCCAUUCAUCCUGAGAAACCAGCCCUCUGGAUCAUGGCUGCCAAGAGCGAGCUGGAGGACAGAAACUUGUCAGAGAGCGCCAGACACCUGUUCCUGCGUGCCCUGCGCUUCCACCCGGAAAGCAAGAAGGUCUACCAAGAGUACUUCCGUAUGGAGCUGUUGCACGCUGAGAAACUGAGGAAGCAACAGAAGGAGCUGGAGCAGGCUGAGAUGGACUUGGGAGGGUACGAGUUCUCCCCUGAGAUCAUGAGUGGCAAACUGGCCGAGUUGGUGUACAGAGAUGCUACUGGGAAAAUCCAAGGAGCCGAUUUCAUCCUGUCUCUUUUGACCAUCGCCGCCAUCUUUGACUUCACUAAAGAACUACAGGACACCAUUAUACAAGACCUGCAGAGCAAAUACACAGACGACUCACUGACGUGGGACUUCAUGGCCAAGCGGGAGCUGGAGGCGACGGUGGGGGAGGAGCUUCAGACAGCCAAGGGGCGGGCCUCUGACAUCGCCAGGAGAGAGGAGCGCUGCUGCCAGGUCUACGAGGAGGGCCUCAACGGCCUCAACACAGAGGCCAUGUGGGCGUGCUACGUGUCCUUCUGCCUGGAGAGGUUCAAGAGGAAAACCAACGUCCAGGAGCUGAAGGAGAAGAGGCAGGAGAGGCUGCUGGCAGUGCUUCAGCGUGCCCACGACUCCUCACUGCUGAAGGAGGACUUCUACAAGAACUGGCUGCAGGUCUUACUCUCAUCAGGAGACUCGGAGCAGACCGCUGCGGUUGCCAUGGCAGCCACCCAGCGCUACAGACAAUCUGUGGACGUGUGGUGCCUGGCCCUGCAGACGAUGGUGCAUCUGGGGAGUGGCGCCACAGGCAAGCUAUUCCAGGACGCCCUGAAACACGUGAAUCCCAAGUUGAGUUUGCCCCUGUGGCAGCUGCAGGUGGAGUGGAGCAUGACAUCACAGAGCCCAGUGGAAACUGAGGCCCUGUUUCAGAGAGGUCUGCUGUCUGUGGUGCCUGCCGUUUCCAUGGAGAUAAAGGAGAAGUACCUUGACUGGUCCUACAGGGCCGGAGGCUACAAGAAAGCCAGGAAGACCUUCACAAGUUUGCAUGAGAGCCGGCCCUUCUCCAAGGCCUUUUUCACCAGAAUGAUCCAGAUGGAGAAAAAUCAAGAGACUCCCAAGAUGAGCAACCUGAGGGACUUCUAUGAGAGAGCCCUGAGGGAAUUUGGCUCCACAGAUGAUGAUCUGUGGCUGGAGUACAUCCGAGAGGAGCUUGGGCCCAGCGGCCAGCCAGAAAACUGUGGGAUGAUCCACUGGAGAGCCAUGAAGAUGCUGGAGGGGGAGAGUGUGGAGAGAUUCACUGCCCAGUACACCCUGCUGCAGACUGGACACAUCUAGAACACACCUGACCCCCCCCCCCCCCGCUGGUCCAACAGUGUUGUAGGAAACUACUUACUGCAGUUUGGAUGAGUAGGUAGAAGUUGAUCUAACCACUGAUACAGAGUCAGAUAUAUUUGAUCAACCUAAUGGUUAAGGUUAGGGUAGAUCUGUAGUUAAGGGCAACUACAUAGAGACAGGGUUAACAAGCUGUUCUGUUUUUAUAUGACAAGUUACAUUUGUACUUUACAUUUCCUUGCAUUUUGUAUACGACGUGGUGUUUCAUGCAAGUUUACAACUUGAAUCAUUUCAUUUUGAAGAUAGUUAUGUUAAUGUACACAUCAGUAAGAAUAACAUUAUGUAUUUACAAAACAUUAACCUUGUCACUGUUAACUUGAAAUAAAACCAUGAAUAGUC